UUCGGGAGUCCCAAACCAAGUCGACGCCAAGGAAUGAUGCAACGAUUGCUUCGCCGCGCGACAGCGCUGCCGCGACAGUCGUCUGCUCUUCCAUUGCUCCAACGAUCAAUGAGUAGCAAGGCAGCAUAUGCGAAGCAGCUGCAAGAGAAGAACCGUCGCAUUUUGUACUACACGUCUGGCGUUGUCAUUCUUUUCUUUGGUGGAGCGUAUGCCGCGGUGCCGUUGUACAAAGUGUUUUGCCAGAUGACGGGUUUCGGUGGGACCACGCAGCGCAGCGACAUUUUGGCCGCGGAAAAACUGAGUCCGGUGGAAGGCGCGCACCCCAUUCGCAUCACGUUUGAUGGGGGAGUCGGCGGUGCAAUGCCAUGGACGUUCAAACCAGUCCAACGCGACUUGAUCAUAGUCCCUGGCGAGACUGCACUGGCGUUUUACACGGCCACGAAUAACUCGGACAAGGCAGUCACGGGCGUCGCCACGUACAACGUGCAUCCGCCGAAAGCUGGUCUCUACUUCAACAAGAUCCAAUGUUUCUGCUUUGAGGAACAGCGGCUCAAGGCACGGGAAGAGAUUGACAUGCCCGUCUUCUUCUUCAUCGACCCCGACAUCGUCGACGAUCCGUCGAUGCAAAACGUGUCCAAUAUCACGCUCUCGUACACGUUUUUCAAGACGGACGAUGUCGACGAGUCGGACGUCGAGUAGAAAAUGCACAGUUGACAGUAACAGCGCCAUCAUUGAACCA